GGCAGAACGCGUUUGUGCCGUAAUGGAGACCGCCGUGUCCAACGUAACCGCACCGUCGCCGUCGGUGCUUCCACCGUCGCCGCCGUGCCGGUACGUCCCGGGUUUGGGAGUCCAGGUUGGCGUAACCGUAUCGUAUACUGUGGGUAUUUUUGGUAACCUGCUUGCUUUGCUAAUAUUGCACCGGACUCGGUCUAGUAGCAAUCAAAAGCACGGUUUCAUGUUGCGGUGUUUGGCUACAAACGAUUGUAUCGCACUUACCGGCAUGUUGGUGCAAAUGUACGUCGCCCUGUACUGGCCGGAAACCACCAAGAGCGUUUGGUCGUGCCGGUUUCGAGUCCUGUGGCGUUUCUUCGGUCUUGGGUCCGGGUGUGUAGCUAUCAUUAUGGCCGUCGAACGGUGGCUUGCCCUUACCAAACCGUUUUUUUACCAAAAACAUAUUAGCCUUCGUCUACUGAAAAGAAUGAUGAUAUUACUUUGGUUAGGAGUUUUAUGUUUGGUUUGCGCCCCAUUCUUUGGUUUUGGCCUAUAUUGGGAUGAAGAUUCACAAACGUGCGUUCGUUAUAGGCUUGCUAAAAAGCCAUUGGAUAUACUUUAUGCCUACAUGUAUUUUAGCUAUGGAGUAUUUUUGUGCUUAGCCAUUGUUUACACAAAUUUAGCAGUGAUGAAAGCUUUAUGUAUGAGAGACAAGAAUCCUCAUAAUAAACAAAAUGUAUUGAUGAGAAGAGUAAGUCGAGGCUCAUCAUUAACAUGCAAUGCGUCAACUAGAGAAGAAAGAGCAUUCGGAUGGCUCAUGUUUUUGCUGUGUAUUGCGUUCGUUAUUUGUUGGGUUCCUCAAAUGAUAUCAAUACCAUUGGCCCGGUUGACUUCUGAAGAAAAAGCCAAACCAUUUUACAUUGCAGCAGACUUGUUAAUUGCGCUACAUUUUGCACUUGAUCCUUAUCUUUAUGUAUUACAACAUUGGACAUUAAUUAAAUCAAUUUGUCCUAGACCCAAGAAAAAGACAAACGCAAACAGCAGUACUAGUGUUAGCCGUAGUAGCUCCAUGAAAACCACAUUAUUUUCCUGUAUUUUUUGGCCAAAUUGGUUAUUUGAAUAGCAAGUCAGACUCAAGUUUAUUAUGCAAGUCUCCAUUCUUAAUAUAUUUUGUUCUGUGAUAAUUUUUUGUUUUUGUACUUAAUGGUUGUUUAAAUAAAGUUAUUUAUUUUUUUUUAAUAAUGUAAAUAAGUAAUUUUGAUUUUUAUGAUUUAUUCAGUAUUGAAAUGUAUUGAAGAAUAUUUUUAAAAUCUACCAAACAAUUUAAAAUA